AUGGACUUGCACAACAGAGAAAUCCAUCUUGUGACCGGUGGCAACGGCUACAUUGGUAUACAAGUGGUCGCCACACUCUUAAACAAAGGCUUCAUCGUGCACACAACGGUGCGCAACUUAAACUUUCAAAAGACCGCAGCUCUUCAUGCUCUGCUGGAAAAGCAUCCGGCCGGACAAUUGAAGAUUUUCGAAGCAGAUCUGCUCACGUCCGGCAGCUUUGCAAAGGCCAUGAAGGGUUGCUCUGUCGUGCACCAUAUUGCCUGCCCGUUUGUACUUCCCCAGAAGGUCAAGGAUGGCGAAAGGCAAUGCAUCAAGCCGGCACUCGAAGGGACCCGCAACGUCCUGGCCACCGUAAAUGAGACUCACUCUGUUAGACGUGUAGUCCUCGCGUCUUCGCUCGGCGCGAUCUACGGGGAUAUGAGAGAUGUUACCGACUACAUGGACGGCACGCUCACUGAGCACUAUUGGAACGAAACCAGUACCAGCUUCCAUUACCCUUACCAUUACUCCAAAGUCCUGGCCGAAAAGGAAGCCUGGAAUAUCGCCAAAGAGCAGAGUCGUUGGGACAUGGUGGUGAUCUGUCCCGGUCUGGUGUUGGGCCCGUCGCUAUCACAAGACGGCUCCAGUUCGGGCAGCCUGGUUAUGAUGAAUCAGAUCCUCAGCGGCCAGCUCUUUUUUGGUGUACCCAACCUCAACUUUCCUACCGUGGACGUGCGCGAGGUGGCAACUGCUCACGUCCAAGCCGCCGAGCUCGCUUGGGCGUCAGGGCGCUACGUCGUCGCCGCAGCCGAGACUUGCCCCUUGGUCGAUAUUGCCAGAAUUUACCGCAGCCAAGAUGGAGCUUCAAAGUUGAUCCCGAAGCACAAGGUCCCAGAUUUGCUGUUUCGCCUUUGCGCUCCCUUGUAUGGGCUGUCGCAAUAUUGGCUGAGCAGGAAUUUGAGCGUUUGCUUUUCCCUAGAUAACAGCAGAAGCGUGAAGGAUUUGGGUGUACGAUAUCGACCGCUGGAGGAAACGCUUGCCGAUGACUUUAGGGUGUGGAAGGAGGCGAAAAAGACGAGGAGAAAGACGAGGAAAUGA